GUGAUUUGUGAAGUCCUCUUCUGUUCUGAAGGUACUAUAAUUUCUGUUUUCCAUCUGAAGUCAAGUCCCAACCUAUCUGUAAAGCAAGGGCGAGCAACUUUUUCUACACAGACCAAAGAGUUGGGUGGAAAGACUGAUAUUGUUGGACAGAUCAGAGAAAUUGUUCUUGUAGGAAAAGCACUGGCAGUACAAGCCUAUGAUUUUAGUAAUGGAUUCUACAGAUUCAACUUGUUCGAUGUAUUCUGUUGCUCGGUGAACGUGAUAUUACAAUUAGCUCAAGCAGAGUUUUGUGUGACCAUGACAGGAACAGGUUUUGCAACUGUAACUCUGAAAGGGUAGAGCUUUGUGCUGUGUAAAAGAAUGCAAGUUUCCUGUGUGGGUCACCACAAUACUUUUUUCUCAUCUCUCAGUUGCCCUGUUUCAGUCUGAUGUUAAUGAUCACUUUGGCAUCCUGCAGAGUCACAUAUGGAGACCAGGACAGAUGCACCACCUGUUCUGCUAUUACAUUUCAGCUUCCUCCUGUGGAAUUAAGGUAAACCGCCCCAAUUUUCUUGUCCAAAUGCUCAAAGGACUUUUGUUUUUAAAUCAGUAUGUCUCUGACAUAGAUCAAAUGCAUCUGUAUUGCUUUUAUUGACGGUGCUUGCAGUGAAAGAGAGAAAUGCGUUCUGUAAGUUGCCCCACUACAAUUACCCAUGUCUAUCCAUUUCCUACAUAAGGAAAUUUAAUUCCUCAUCUUUGUCAUCUCAGUCAAGACUAAGUUGCUUACUUAUAUUAGUUGAUGUGCAGAAUGCUAGAUAACUUCACUUGCCUGCGAAAGCAACAUCCCCUGUCUAACAUUGACCUACCUAGUAUCCGUCACAGAAGCAGUUUAAUCACAAAAGAUAGAGCUCUUCAUGAGCUAUUGUCCUUGCUUAAAUGAUUUUGUAUUCCAGAAGGCUGAUUUAGGACAUCAUUCCUUCUAUGUAUUACCCUUCCGCUAAUAUGGUCUGUUGUUCGAAAUGAUUCCAAACUGCUGGGAGGAAAGCUCUAUUGACCUUCAGGGAAAUUCAGAUCCAGACCUGGACUUUGCAGUUAACUGGACUUCUAAAUUUCAAGAAAAGCAAAGUAAAAAAAAGCAACACUUAGAAGCGUGUGACGGGAAUAUUAAGGAGCACAUUUAUCUGAAUGUGAAACACAGCGCUUCUUCCAAGAAACUGAUGAUAAGACAAAGAACAGAAAAGAAGAACAUCACGAACAAAGAUUCUCCUGUUUCAUGUACUACCUGCUGGAGUAUUGCAGUGAUUCUAGGGAUCCUCUUCUUGGCAUUGCUGGGAACAACAGUGGGUUUUAUUAUCAAGGGCUGUGCAUGUCCACGCUGCCCUGAGCAGUGGAUGGCCUACAGAGAGAGCUGCUACUCCUUCUCCAAGGAGAAGAAGGACUGGAAUUCCAGCCGGGAAUCCUGCCGGGCACAGGGAGCUCGUCUCCUGGUGAUCAGCGAUACCAGCGAAAUGGACUUCUUCCAGACGAUGCAAACUGAAUUGUACUGGAUUGGUUUGAAGAAUAGCACUGGUGGUGACUGGGCCUGGGAAGAUGGCUCAAAACUGAGUGGCAAAAAGGUCCUGUCCAACAGCCCUGUGCAGAAGUGCGCCGGUCUGCUGAAAGGUGCCAUCCGUGCUUCCAGCUGUGAAAUCCUUGCCCCAUGGGUCUGCGAGAAAUCUCUUCAGUGACCUCUGUGGACCUUGUGGACCUUUGGAAAGCUGUGCUAAUGCUUGGUCCCUCUGAAGGUGACUCAGGAAGAUUCUCUGGGAGAGUGCCUGGCUGUGCUCCUUGCUGCUGUGACACCUGCCUUAGUGCAAGGAAUGAAUGUAGCUGCAGCCAAAGCCCUGGCAUGAGCAGCCGGAGGUCUGAGUGCUGCUCCCGGCUCCACUCAGGAUCACACCGGUGAGGUUCUUAUUCAUAGCCAUUGGCUGGUGACAGACAGUCUUCAAAGUGGUAGAGAAGGGGCAGGAGAGACUUCUCUAAGUCUCUCUCAGUCAUUUUCAGAGAUACUUGAGCACUGUCACUGGAAUGCUGUCCUGGCAUCAGAAAUCCUAAGGAGAGAUGGGAUUGUAAUCUGUGAGCUCGUGCAAACUCUGGGCUGAUUUCUCUCAUGUGAACGUUGGUGUCAUACACCAAGGCUGAAAACUAGCCUGAAGUUUGAAGCAGGCCUGCUUUUGCAAGUGGUUGAAUCAGAUGAUAUCCAGAGGUCCCUUCUAACCCAAAUUCUUCUGUGUUUUUUGUUUGUACCUGGAGAAAACUGGAGCAUGGCACCCAGUGUUACAUUGCUGUGUAACUAGCUGGGAAGGAGUAAACCUGCUACCCUGCUGAAAUGAAAAUAAAUAUGGGUUGCUUCUAACAA